UUCGUACCUUGGAGCCGGAACCGCCUGCGUUUCUUGUGGGCGGGCCUUGCCGCCCGAUACAUCGUGUCCCGGUCUCAGAAAUCCGGGACCUGCUGGCUUCACGCAAGCCGCCAUUUCGGGGCAGCCGGCGACGGCUGCUCGUCGCUGCCUUUUACAGUCGCCUCUCGUAUCGAUUCGUUUUUAAUGUAAUACUGAGCAGCCUAAUUCAAUUUCACGUAGCCUAUUUGUUCUCAGUCCUGUUACAGGGAUUUUCCUUGCGGUGAGGUGUCCGUCAACGUCUCCCCAGAUGGAAGGUGACGCAGAGCAGGCUGUGGAGUCCACAGAUCCCGAUCCACCGUCCACGCAGGGGAGCGUAUUGGCGAGUAAAGACAGGGGAGGGAGGAUUAAGGGGCAUGGUCGAGAAGGGCGGAUAGGCAGAGGCGGCCGUGGUGGUCGGGGCAUAACGAUGAAAAGAUACGCCCCCUCCUGGCGAGACAGAGGAAGGGACAACGCUAUGAAUGGCUUUGGACCUGAAAGGCGAGGGUUAGGAAGGAUGCGGCCUUACCCAGAGCUCCGGGGUCGCCGGGCAAGGGGUGUCAUGGGGAUGUGUCCUCAUCCCCCUCCCCCGCUCCCUCUUCCCGCCCCACCGAUGCACAUGAGAGGGCUCCACCCACCCAUGAACAGGCCAGGGGGCCCUCUACCUCCUCCACGAUAUCCUAUCUGUCGGGGAUACCCCCCUCAUUUCCGUGGUCGGGGGUUUCCCCCAGGUCCACCUCGACAUUUUUGCCCCAGAGGCUUCCACAAUGGACCAGCUUCUCCGCCUCACUCUCCUCUUGGCAGAGGCCAGCGCUGGCCGGGGCCCCCUGGUGGCCGGCGCUAUUAAAACCGCCUUAAUGCUAUACACAUAGCCAAGGGCCCACAAUUCCAUCUAACCAGAAAACCCUAUUGAAAUACCUAAUGUUCUCUGAAAUGCCUUCCAGAUAAACAGUCGGAAUAUAACACAGAACAGUGGCCCCACAUACAAGAGUGGACAUAUUGGCCUGUUUGAGUCUGAACUUGGACCAUCUUGACAAUAACAAUUAAAAUAAUGUUUAGUUUCCUCUAAAAACAGGGAUUGAAAAUGUCUGUCCUCAAAGCGGUGUCUCACCAGCAUUCUGUGCACAGUGUUUUGUUAUCAGCACCAAACGUUUACCGGAGCAGAAGAUGAGUGCGGGAACAUAGAGAGGCAAAAUCAGAGAGUGACAAAACAACAGCCCUCAGAUGUUAGGCUUAGGUUCCUCUUCUUUGUCCUUGGACCUCCACAGUUUUUCCUUUAAUAUAAAAAAGUAAUUUAAAAUGAUAACCAUAGCACAAACAAAACAGCAUCAUAAGCUGUGAAGAAUUUUACAUGCUGAAAAGAUAAACCAGAAAACAUGUACAUUAAAUGUUUAUGAUUUUUCAGAGUAACAGGAGUUUUAAUGUCUUUAAUGUGCAGCUAUAUUAAGGUAAUACAUGUCUAGUGAAAUUUGUGUACUACAUUUUAUUGUUAAAUGGACUUUUAAAAUGAAAAUUAAUGCAUACUAUACUGAAAACAUAUAAUGAAUUAUACACAUAUUUGCAUUUAUAUUCAAAGGCAAAUUUCUGAAGAAGGAACUAUUUCAAUUCAGUAUGAAAUCCUAUAUAUUGUGUGUUACAAUAUCUUUACAUACUGUAAUUAAUAUAAAUCAUGUGGUUUUGUGAAUGUGCAUUUCGAAGACAAAGUUCAAUUUUCACAUAGAUAUAAAGGAGAAAAAUAAAACUAAAAAUAAACUGUGA